CCUCAGUCGCCGGCCGCGCCAUGUUCGGCUGGUGCGGCCUGCCCGAGCUGUCUGAAACGCUCGAGGCGGCCGCCGACAAGUGCACCAGCCCCUCGUGCUGUUGCGGCCUAUGUUCGGCGCUCCGGCCGCGAUGGAAGCGGCUGGUGGACAACAUCUACCCGGUUAACCAGCAGGAUGGCUUAGUCAAGUCCAACAUGGCGAAGCUGACAAACUAUGUGCGCCUGUCGCCGGAGAAGCUGGACCGGAUCGGCGAGUACCUGGAGACUCGGGUCAGCCGCGACAUCUAUCGGCGACGUACCGGGAGUGUGCUGGUCUCAGUGGAGGCGAUGGAUACCCUGGUCUCCAGCUGCCCGCCAAAUACGCUCAACCUGUUCGUCGAAAGCUUUCUGAAGACGGUGCAGCGCCUGCUGGAGUGUGAGGAGCCGCAGAUGCAGGUGCUAGCCACGCAGUCGUUUGUGAAGUUCUCCAACAUCGCCGAGGACACGCCGUCGUACCAUCGCCGGUACGACUUCUUCGUGUCGAAGUUUGCUUCCAUGUGUCACUCUGCGCACUCGUCGCCGGCCACGCGACUGGAGCUGAGGAUGGCCGGCCUGGAGGGGCUGCAGGGAGUCAUUAAGAAGACGGUCAGUGAUGACCUGGUGGAGAACAUCUGGACCGAGGCACACAUGGAAAAAAUCAUACCAUCCCUGCUCUUCAAUAUGGACCAAAACAACCAUCAGCCGGCGGGGCCGACCGGCGAGACGGCGCCGAGCCUGUCCGAGCAGCCACCCCAGCUGGCCGAGACGUGUCUGCGGGAAUUGGUCGGCCGCGCCUCGUACGCGCACAUCCGUCGCUUCAUGAAGCCCGUGCUCAGGCACCUCGACAACCAUGGUCUCUGGGUUCCCAAUCAGUUCGCCGUAGAAACCUUCAAGGUCAUCAUGUUCUCGAUUCCCGCUCAGCACUCGUACGCUGUGAUCCAGCUGCUGAUGACGCACCUAGACGAGAAGGCGCGCUCAGAGGCGCCCGUGCGCACGGGCAUCGCCGACGUGCUGGCCAAGAUCAUCACCAUCGCUGCCGGCGAGUGUGUCGGCCCGUCCGUGCUGGAGAUCAUCAACUCGGUGCUGAGCCACCUGCGCCAGUCGGUGACCACCAACCGCAGCGCCGGCACGCAGAAGGACCAGCGCAACGAGCGCCAGUACCAGGAGGCGCUCAUCAACGCGCUCGGCGAGUUCGCCAAUAACCUGCCCGACUACCAGAAAAUCGAGAUCAUGAUGUUCAUCAUGGGCAAGGUGCCGCAGUACCCGGGCGACCGGGAACGACUGGAGGCCGACUCCGAGAGUGAGGUGCUGCUGCAGAACAUGCUGCUCAGGAGUCUGCUCAAGGUGGGCACCAAGUACACGUCGCUGAACCUGGCCACCACGUUCCCGCUGUCGUUCCUGGACCCGCUAAUGCGGAUGUCGCUGGCGCCGGACCCGGAGAUCCGGCUGCUGGUGCAGCGCAUCCUGCACACGCUGAUCGACCGGCGGGGGAAUCUGGCGCGCCUGGACAAGCCCAGACUAGACAUCACCCAGCUGGACCUGCAGGUACACAAGUGCUCCCGCCAGGACGUGAUGUUCAUCAAGCGAAACGGUCCUGAGAUGCUGCUCUGCCUGCUGGAGAGUCUGGAGCUGGCUAACAACAGCUUAGAUAACCUGACUGCUAUCUACACCACCCUGGCGCUGCUCUGGCUCGAGGUCAACUGCCCGGACUUUCUGCCGGAUGUCCUGCGGCUGACGCUGGACAUGCAGGAGAUAGCGUUGAACUCUGAAAUGAGUCAGACUCUUCGCAUCAACCUGCACAUCCUGGCCAUCACGUUUGCCAACUUCGUCUCCUCCCAGUGCAGCGUGCCUGCCCUGUACCAGUACGUCAAACAGGUGGUGUCGGCGCGCCGCGAGCGCAGCCCGCACCUGCUGCCGGACCUGACCUGGCACUACGACCCGACGCUGGGGCGCGAGCCGCCCGACGCCUGCCUGCUGCUGGACCAGGCUCGCCUCACCGAGGUCCUCACCGGCCACGGCCUGGACGCCUCCCGACUGCAGACCCCCUUCAGCAACAUGAUGCCCAGCUCGGCGUCGGUGUGGCAGAAACGCCAGAGCAUCCUGCAGGGCAGCGAGCGCGACCUCAACAACAUCACCGUCGAGGUGGACAGCAUGUCCUCCUCCAUCGGCCUGUUCAAGCCGAAGCCGCCGCCGGAGCACGUGUGUUUCGAGGCGAUGAAGCAGCUGGUGCGCGCGCCGCCCGAGGAGCACCGCGCCGAGCAGGAGGAGGAGCGCCAGCGGCUGACCGAGGCCUGCCGCAGCCUCAGUCUGCACGCUCUCGCCCAGCAGAGCAACGCCGGGGUGGACACGCUUCGGGACAAGCUGGACGAGAUCUUCUCGCAGCUGGGCGGCGCGGCCGAGGGCGUCGGCCGUGCCACGACCGUCUACACGCCGCCGUCGCUGCAGCAGAUACAGUUCCCCGAGCUGUUCGUGUACUGAGCCGGCUGCCGACGGGAGCCCGCCGGCGGCUACUUCGGCCCAAUCGCCGCAGGCGGCACGGUCGGAAGGCGCACGUUGGCGUACCCCACUGGCCGCUAUUCGAUGGUGUUAUGCUUGUUAGCUAAACUACCGGGAGGAGUCACCAUGAGGCUUAAACUUGCUUGGACUCGUUGCCAAGUGUCAUCCGAAGUAAAGUGGCCACGGGGUAGGAGUGCUUACUGCGCCCUCCUGCGGACAGUGCGUGAUGCAAGGGUCCGUGGUGCGUCGAACUGAAUUCUGGCUGCGUGCCGGGUCAGGGUGUCGCGCCGCUGGUGCUGCCAUCUUCCGAGAUUGGCGCCGCUUUUUGGCUGCUGGUCCACGUGGUUUGCUUACAUUGGUCGCGCCCUGUGUGCCCUGUUGCCUGCGAUGUUGAUUAGUAUGUGCGCCUUCUGCGCACUCUGAUUUUUGCGGCAUGUGUAGUCCGCUGCCGUUACCCCUUCAGCUCUGUCGUGAUUGUAUUGCUGGUCUGGCGUGUUCUGGGCGGUGCCUAGGUUGGAAUUCAGUCAGUCGUCGAUGUUUUAGAUGUGUGUGGGAAAUUAUCUGUGAUCGCGCAUCUGUGUGUGCAGAAUAUUACUUGCCGCGUCUACCUUGCUGGACAAUACAAUGGCAAAAGAUUU